AUGCUCUCAAAAGCUGACCCGACCCUUUCGGAGGACGCAAAAACUGCGUUGUUGACGAGGCAAUUCUCAAGAGGUCUACCUCAAUCACUGAAGCGGAAGAUGCUGGAGCAUAACCCCAAGCACUACAGAACAGCAAGCACUACAGAACCGCCUGAAACGUACGGACAUUUCUACUCGUACUUCGCGUCGUCCCUCGCCACCUGGAUCCUCUUAUACGUGUGGUUUACCAGGUUGUUUUGCUCGGGAUUGUACGCGACAGCCGGACUAUCAAAUGUUUCAACUGUGGAAAACCUGGGCACGGUGCGCGAGAUUAUAGAUUACCACGUCAUUUAAACUUCAAAAGUAUUGGACGGAAAAGUGGAGGAGAUCGCGCCCAUCCUAUCGUAAGUACAAAUGUAAUGGAUAAAUGUCCUAUUAUCCACCCGUUUGUUGAUUGCUUUGUGGAUGAAGUUCGUCUUCACGCUCUUGUUGACUCUGGUUCCAUGAAAUCUUUCAUUAGUCAGUCUGUACAACGAACAGUUGACUUUGACGAUCGUAAAUUGAAUAAGUCGAAGAAAGCCAAAUGUGUUUCCAUAAUGGGAUACAAUGUCACAUAUCUAGUACUCUUAAAUUCUUAG